AUGGGCAAAGAAUUGGACCGUUUAACUAGAGGGCUAGGCAAAAAGAUGCCAAUCCAUUUCACUGAAGGGAAGAGAAGGCCAGAGGCACCUAUGCAAGCCGCAAAGCUUGCAUCUGAAGGUGGGAUCACACUUAGGGAUCAUAUACCUAUAUUUCGACAUUGGAAGGAGUACAAGGCUAAGGAGAAUGAGGAUAAAAUUGAUAACUAUAUUGGCAAAUUAGGCGCCAAAUUCGACAUGGACAUCAUGGCUAAGCCAGUGAAAGAUGCAUGUGUUGAUAUGCUAAAGCGUGGACAACGACAGAGAAGGUAUACACUGAAGAAAAAGUACUUUGAUGGGGUUCCGGCAAAUCAAGUCAGAACUACAUCACCUGUGAGCUGUAUGAAUGAUCUUCCCCAAAGCACAAGGUAUAAAACAUAUUGUGUCAAGAACCAACUUAAUCGUGAGAAAGUACAAUUUCAGCAGCGAACGGGCUCUCGGUGCUACAUUGCAUGUGCCUAUGCUGUGAAGCAAGAAAAGUAUAAAGAUACAGAGCCCACUGCUAUUGAUUUGUUCAAGGUCACACACUGCAGUAAGAAGACUGGUUUCUGUGAACCUGUGAAGAAUGCUAUUGCUUCUAUGGAAACAAUUCGGGCUGAACCACUACAAGAUGGACAGCAGCCAAAUUCUGGUAUUCAAGUUGUUGCCCAAGUUCUACCACAGUCCAGUACAUUCCUUCAAAAUAUUGGCAUUCAAUAUAGCUCUAGAACAAGUUCAAGGGAUGUUGUUGUUCCACAAGUGCAAGAGCUACAAACUCAACUUGAGUCUGAGAAGCAAGAAAAGUCAGGACUUCAGCUACAAGUAGACACCUUAAAGAUGCAUGCAGAAGAAUCUGAGGCAACAAUGGUAAAGCAAUCAGAGGAGAUCCAAAAUCUGAAGAAGGCACAAGAAGAAAACAACAAUCUCCUUCGGCAGCUCAUAAGCUUCAAACAGGUUCAAUUGACUCCUCCCUGA